AUGCCUCGUCCUCUUCCUAGGGCUCGCGUGUCGAGCGAAGCCCCCUCCGAAACAUCAUCCUCGACGUCACCGGAACGAGCCGCAGACGAUGACACCGACUUCUUCAUGGCCCAGGCCAACGACUCGCAGUCUUCGAUCGGUGUCGCCAACUUUCGCGAUUCCCACGUGCAGAGCAGUCGAUCGGCUCCUGUGCCUCCGAUCGGGCGCCUCCCGCCCGAGAUCCUGAUCGCCAUCUUCUCCAAGCUCGUCUCGCCCCUCGACAUGCGAAACUGCAUGCUCGUGUGUCGCAACUGGGCUUCGAACUCAGUGGGUAUUCUAUGGCACCGCCCGUCUUGCAAUAACUGGGAUAACCUGAAGAGCGUGACUUCAACUCUUGGAGCGCCGGAUAGUCUCUUUACCUACGGGGAUCUUAUCAAGCGGCUCAAUCUUUCGGCGCUGACCGAGGAGGUCAGCGAUGGCACGGUUGCGCCGUUCACACAGUGCAAGCGUAUUGAGCGAUUGACGUUGACGAAUUGCUCUAAACUUACGGACAAAGGCGUGUCGGAGCUUGUAGAGGGCAAUCGGCAUCUACAGGCGCUGGAUGUCUCUGAGUUGCGCGAGUUAACCGACCACACUCUCUAUGCGGUGUCCCGUAAUUGCCCGCGCUUGCAGGGCCUGAACAUCACAGGCUGCUCCAAGGUGACUGACGACUCGCUACUGAUCAUAUCGCAGAAUUGUCGCCAGAUAAAAAGGUUAAAACUCAACGGUGUCUCUAACGUUACGAAUCGGUCAAUCAUGUCUUUCGCAGAGAAUUGCGCGGCCAUCCUGGAGAUCGAUUUGCACGACUGUAAACUCGUCACUAGCCCAUCAGUAACGGCACUGAUCACCACACUUCGUCACCUCCGAGAACUUCGCCUUGCUCAUUGCACAGAGAUUAAUGACUCGGCCUUCAUGAACUUGCCUGAGCGCAUGACUUUUGACAGUCUGCGAAUCCUUGAUUUGACAGCCUGUGAAAAUGUCAAGGAUGAUGCCAUUGAGCGAAUCGUGAAUGCUGCUCCCCGACUGCGAAAUCUGGUCUUGGCGAAGUGCCGCUUCAUCACAGAUCGCUCAGUCCAGGCUAUUUGCCGAUUGGGCAAGAACCUUCACUAUGUUCAUCUCGGCCACUGCUCAAACAUCACCGACACAGCAGUGAUUCAACUCAUCAAAUCUUGCAACCGCAUUCGAUACAUCGAUCUGGCUUGCUGCAACCGCUUGACCGAUACAAGUGUGCAACAAUUGGCUAGUUUGCCUAAGCUGCGCCGCAUCGGGUUGGUCAAGUGCCAGGCUAUUACGAAUCAGAGUAUCCUAGCAUUAGCUCAUCCCCCCCGAGCAAACCACCCGAUGGUCAGCAACCUGGAGCGUGUGCACCUGAGCUACUGCGUUGGGUUGAACAUGGAGGGCAUUCGACCUCUGAUCAACAACUGCCCGCGCCUCACCCACUUGAGUUUGACUGGCGUCCAGUCUUUCCUGGAAGACAACCUCACUGCUUUCUGCCGAGAAGCUCCUCCAGAAUUCACGCAGCAACAAAGAGAUGUCUUCUGCGUCUUCAGUGGCGAGGGCGUGACACGACUUCGCGAAUACCUCAAUCGCGACAUCAGAACGACGCGAGGAGAGACAGAGGCCACGAUGUACGAUGACGACGAAGAGCUGGACGAAGAUGAGGGCCAGGUGACCGGACUGAUGCAUGCGACAGACCUCAAUGACGAAGAUUAUAUCGACGUUGGGCCUACCAACGAAUGA